GGAAGAGGAAUUCCUAACAAUCAUUGCGUCUUGGUUACACCAAGAUACACAGCUUCCAUGGACCAUUCUUUAAUGUAGCUUCUAAUACUUAGUGAUUGUUUCUGGACUCAACUCCAAGCUUAUCCAAGCUUUACAGACCUUGAACAGAGGAUCUAUAAAUAUCUUAAAUCAAACUGUCAAAACUUAAUACCUCCAAAAUUUGUCUUCAGGCUCUACAGAGUUAUCAGAACACAGAUUAGAUACAUCAUAAAUUAUAUAUUUAUUAUUCCACUACCUAACGUCUUUAAACAAUAUGCCACGUUCAUUCUUGGUAAAACGACGUCGAUCCAUCACAAGGAUCUCCAGUUGGGGGCAUCUUAUAGAUGCAGAAAGAGGGGACCUGUAUAUCCCAGACACAGUUUUCUAUGCCUUCUUUUCCAUACCCUCUGCCUCUUCCAUCUUGCAGGGUCCAUUUUCUUGCCGUGCCUGCCGCAAAUCCUUUCCGCUACAGCGUAUGCUGACACGACAUCUAAAGUGCCACAGCAUACAGAAGAGACACCGGUGUCCUUGCUGUGGGAAAGGCUUCAAUGACACCUUUGAUCUCAAGCGUCACAUGAGAACUCACACAGGGAUACGUCCCUACAAAUGUCCAGCCUGUGACAAGUCCUUUACACAGCGUUGCUCCCUGGAAUCCCAUCUACGCAAGAUCCACGGAGUUCUGCAGAGUUAUGCUUACCGCCAACGCCGCUCCAAGAUCUACGUGUGCGAGGACUGUGGCUUUACAUCCCCAAAUGCAGACACUUACACCCUGCAUGUCAUUGAGGUCCACCCCAGUAGCCCUGUUCUCUCCAAGCAUCUCAGAAAACGGGGGGCCGGAGUUAUGAGGGCAGAAAUUGGAGUCUUGCUACAUCCAACGCCACGAUAUCCUUCAAAUACUAAUUAUUCAAGAUGAUAUAGACAAUUGA